ACUCGAACUCUUAUCGAUAAAUAGUUAAAGGCAGACUAUUGUAAAUAGCAGGAAUUGCGUUGAUAAAUAAAAUUAUAAUCUGAUAGAUGGCUUCAUUAUUGAAAGCUGCUACCAGUACGAUUCGUGGUACGUUGUUGCAGGCGCGGGGUAUUGCGACAAGCACACCAUUACUAAUAAAAGAAAUACACGAGAAAUUAGAAAACAAUGCACUGGUCUAUGAGGGUGUAAAUGUGGUGUCGCCACGUUCAGCAAAGAUGUUAAAACCAGCCUGCACCACUACCUUUUGUCCAGAAUGUACCCUGGGCCUGGACAUUAAACAUACGGAUGUGCUUAUUUUAUCGCAAUACGUCCGAUCUGACGGCUGCAUGCUGCCAAGACGGAUAACUGGAUUGUGCCACCGGCAGCAAAAGAAAAUGGGCACGCUAGUUACUAUGGCUCAGAAGGCUGGUCUUAUGCCGAACCUUAAUCCGUCCUGGAGCAAAAAGGAUCCAAAGAAGCGGUUUGGUUGGCGCAAGUUUAACAAAUACUUUUUAGAGUCAACGAUUAAAUACUGAAAGUUAGUUAUAAUACCAGAAUAAAUGUAAAUGU